AUGUUGACCGAGGUCAAACUACUGCAAGCCGCCACCAAGCGCCUGGUGUCUUGGUUAGCAGACCGAUACGGCGCGCCCCCCAGCGUCGCCGCGGGCGCCGCCGCGCCGCUGGCGGCCGCCGCGCGCAUACGAGCCGCGCACCUGUGCACGUCGGCGGUCGAGGCCGCGCGCGGCGGCGGCGGCGCGGGCGCCGCGCGGCUCGGGCGGAGGGACGUCGAGCGGCUGCACCGGAAGCUCAAGGUGGCCUGGCUGUUCGGCCAGGCGGCGCGCGUGUCCGAGGUUGAGGGGGCGCUAACCUCGGACAGCACCGAGCAGCAGCGCCACGCGGCGCUGGUGGAGGCGACGAUCGCCGAGAGGGGCGUCAGGGCGGCGUACGCGCUGCAGGCGCGCGGCGAGCGCCUGCGGGACGCGGCAGCGUCGAGGCAGCUCCGGCGGCGCGGCGGCGCGGGUGCGGCGGAGGCCGGCGGCGGCGCCGGCAGCGGCCGCAGCAGGUCCACGACGAUUGAGAUCAGUGGAGGUUAUGAGCAGCUGGCGGCGCUUACGGCGGCACUCGCCCGUGCGUCCGGCGCCCUCGCCGCCGGCGCGUCGGACGGCGGCGGUGGCGGCAUCGGCGGCGGCAUCGGCGGGGCGGCGGCGGGGCCCGGGGGCCGGCCUGACUGA